CUGUGCUCAGCCUACAAGUUAAUAUUUUUAAAUAUACAAGUAUGGCCACCUUAAUCAAUAAGUGGAUUUGGGUUUCUUGUUAUAAAAACAAGCCCCAUUUUUUAAAAAUCAAGAACAAUUCCAGAACUUUAUAGUAUACACCCCCUUGAGAGGAGGGGUUGUGUUUUAUUCAUCAGUCAAUAGACACAAUUAGGUUAAGAAAACUUUUGAGAUCAGUUAUAAAAUAUUGUAACUCCAUUCGUUUUUCAUGUUUGUAUUACUGAUAGUGUCUUAGAUAUUUAACAAGCCUUAAUUAACUGCCUUUAAUGUGCCAUGGAUUAUGCUUGGUUCUGGGAAAUUCGGUUCUCCCCCUACCCAGACACACACACACACACACACACACACACACACACACACACACUCCUGAUCUAAAGCUCUUGGCCUAUCAAGAAAAGAUGGUUAGGUAUCUACGCAGUUGUGUAAUACAUUGUCACAGGUACUCUGUCAGAAGCUUGCAUUGGAAAGAGAAGGCGCAGGAGAAGAGAGUGGUUGGGGUUAUCUGGAGGUUGGAGAAGCUGUUCUCAAGGCUUUAUGACAGAAGUCAUCCUUGAGCGUAGUUUCAAAAGAUUAUAUUUUAAACCAAGUGAAUGACAUCUGAAAAACAUAGCUUUCUUAUAUUCACUUUAGGAUAUUAAUAGCCAAUCCUUUUCCUUAAGUAGCCUCUUGACUGGCUAAAUGUACCUCUUCACGUUCAGAGACACAUUCUAGAAUGUUACAGCUUUCUCAUUAUGCAUUGUAUCUGUUCCGUGUUGAAGUACCUGUAGGAAGAAAAUUAAGUACAGGUUUUGUGUGUGGGUUGAGAGCUGAUCCUAUCAAGGGUGUGUCAGAAACCAACCAGCAGAGUCCCCAAAUCAUUCGAGUCCCUGGCAUUCUUUUUUCAAGGCUUUCUUCAUUGUAACCGGUUCCUGAUGGUAAUUGGUUGAAUCAGAUUUAACAAUGCAUUCAGAUAAACAGUUGUGGCAGCUGCUGCCAUGGCAACGUCACCGUCCUUACCCUCCCAGUGCGCGCCCCUUCCCCACCCCUCCUCCUCCUCCUGCUUUCCUCCAGUAAGUGCAUACUCGCUAGUGGUCUGUACAGGCGGCACGGUUUGAUGGCAGAGAUAUUUUCUUUCCAAACUGUUCAAAAUGAUGAACGAAGAUGCAGCUCAGAAAAGCGACAGUGGAGAGAAGUUCAACGGCAGUAGUCAGAGGAGAAAAAGACCCAAGAAGUCUGACAGCAAUGCAAGCUUCCUCCGUGCUGCCAGAGCAGGCAACCUGGACAAAGUCGUGGAAUAUCUGAAGGGGGGCAUAGACAUCAAUACCUGCAAUCAGAAUGGACUCAACGCUCUCCAUCUGGCUGCCAAGGAAGGCCACGUGGGGCUGGUGCAGGAGCUGCUGGGAAGAGGGUCCUCUGUGGAUUCGGCCACUAAGAAGGGAAAUACCGCUCUUCACAUUGCAUCUUUGGCUGGACAAGCAGAAGUUGUCAAAGUUCUUGUUAAGGAAGGAGCCAAUAUUAAUGCACAGUCUCAGAAUGGCUUUACUCCUUUAUACAUGGCUGCCCAAGAGAAUCACAUUGAUGUUGUAAAAUAUUUGCUGGAAAAUGGAGCUAAUCAGAGCACUGCUACAGAGGAUGGCUUUACUCCUCUAGCUGUGGCACUCCAGCAAGGACACAACCAGGCGGUGGCCAUCCUCUUGGAGAAUGACACCAAAGGGAAAGUGAGGCUGCCAGCUCUGCAUAUUGCCGCUAGGAAAGACGACACCAAAUCUGCUGCACUCCUGCUUCAGAAUGACCACAAUGCUGACGUACAAUCCAAGAUGAUGGUGAAUAGGACAACUGAGAGUGGUUUUACCCCUUUGCACAUAGCUGCACAUUAUGGAAAUGUCAACGUGGCAACUCUUCUUCUAAACCGGGGAGCUGCUGUGGACUUCACAGCCAGGAAUGGAAUCACUCCUCUGCAUGUGGCUUCCAAAAGAGGAAAUACAAACAUGGUGAAGCUCUUACUGGAUCGAGGCGGUCAGAUCGAUGCCAAAACUAGGGAUGGGUUGACACCACUUCACUGUGCUGCACGAAGUGGGCAUGACCAAGUGGUGGAACUUCUGUUGGAACGGGGUGCUCCCUUGCUGGCAAGGACUAAGAAUGGGCUGUCUCCACUACACAUGGCUGCCCAGGGAGACCACGUGGAAUGUGUGAAGCACCUGUUACAGCACAAGGCGCCUGUUGAUGAUGUCACCCUAGACUACCUGACAGCCCUCCACGUUGCUGCACACUGUGGCCACUACCGUGUAACCAAACUCCUUUUGGACAAGAGAGCCAAUCCGAACGCCAGAGCCCUGAAUGGUUUUACUCCACUGCACAUUGCCUGCAAGAAAAACCGCAUCAAAGUCAUGGAACUGCUGGUGAAAUAUGGGGCUUCAAUCCAAGCUAUAACAGAGUCUGGCCUCACACCAAUACAUGUGGCUGCCUUCAUGGGCCACUUGAACAUUGUCCUCCUUCUGCUGCAGAACGGAGCCUCUCCAGAUGUCACUAACAUUCGUGGUGAGACGGCACUACACAUGGCAGCCCGAGCCGGGCAGGUGGAAGUGGUCCGAUGCCUCCUGAGAAAUGGUGCCCUUGUUGAUGCCAGAGCCAGGGAGGAACAGACACCUUUACAUAUUGCCUCCCGCCUGGGUAAGACAGAAAUUGUCCAGCUGCUUCUACAACAUAUGGCUCAUCCAGAUGCGGCCACUACAAAUGGGUACACGCCACUGCACAUCUCUGCCCGGGAGGGCCAGGUGGAUGUGGCAUCAGUCCUGUUGGAAGCAGGAGCAGCCCACUCCUUAGCUACCAAGAAGGGUUUUACUCCCCUGCAUGUAGCAGCCAAGUAUGGAAGCCUGGAUGUGGCAAAACUUCUCUUGCAACGCCGUGCUGCCGCAGAUUCUGCAGGGAAGAAUGGCCUUACCCCGCUCCAUGUUGCUGCUCAUUAUGACAACCAGAAGGUGGCGCUGCUGUUACUGGAGAAGGGUGCUUCCCCUCAUGCCACUGCCAAGAAUGGCUAUACUCCGUUACAUAUUGCUGCCAAGAAGAAUCAAAUGCAGAUAGCUUCCACACUCCUGAACUAUGGAGCAGAGACAAACAUUGUGACAAAGCAAGGAGUAACUCCACUCCAUCUGGCCUCGCAGGAGGGGCACACAGAUAUGGUUACCUUGCUUCUGGAUAAGGGAGCCAAUAUCCACAUGUCAACCAAGAGUGGACUCACAUCCUUACACCUUGCAGCCCAGGAAGAUAAAGUGAAUGUUGCUGAUAUUCUCACCAAGCACGGAGCUGAUCAGGAUGCUCAUACAAAGCUUGGUUACACACCUCUAAUUGUGGCCUGUCACUAUGGAAAUGUGAAAAUGGUCAACUUUCUUCUGAAGCAGGGAGCAAAUGUUAACGCAAAAACCAAGAACGGCUACACGCCUUUGCACCAGGCCGCGCAGCAGGGUCACACGCACAUCAUCAACGUCCUGCUCCAGCAUGGGGCCAAGCCCAACGCCACCACUGCGAAUGGCAACACUGCCUUGGCGAUUGCUAAGCGUCUGGGCUACAUCUCCGUGGUCGACACCCUGAAGGUUGUGACCGAGGAGGUCACCACCACCACCACAACUAUUACAGAAAAACACAAACUAAAUGUUCCUGAGACGAUGACUGAGGUUCUUGAUGUUUCUGAUGAAGAAGGUGAUGACACAAUGACUGGCGAUGGAGGAGAAUACCUUAGGCCUGAGGACCUAAAAGAACUGGGUGAUGACUCACUACCCAGCAGUCAGUUCCUGGAUGGUAUGAAUUACCUGCGAUACAGCUUGGAGGGAGGACGAUCUGACAGCACCAUGCCCAGCCUUCGAUCCUUCAGUUCCGACAGGUCUCACACUCUGAGCCAUGCCUCCUACCUGAGGGACAGUGCCGUGAUGGAUGACUCAGUUGUGAUUCCCAGUCACCAGGUGUCAACUCUAGCCAAGGAGGCAGAAAGGAAUUCUUAUCGCCUAAGCUGGGGCACUGAGAACUUAGACAACGUGGCGCUUUCUUCUAGUCCUAUUCAUUCAGGCCGCGCCUCUCCAUGUCUUGAACGUGACAACAGCAGUUUCCUGGUUAGUUUUAUGGUGGAUGCCCGAGGUGGUGCUAUGCGAGGAUGCAGACACAAUGGGCUCCGAAUCAUUAUUCCACCUCGGAAAUGUACUGCUCCAACGCGAGUCACCUGCCGACUGGUCAAGCGCCACAGACUGGCAACAAUGCCUCCAAUGGUGGAAGGAGAAGGCCUGGCCAGUCGCCUGAUCGAAGUUGGACCUUCUGGUGCUCAGUUCCUUGGUAAACUUCACCUGCCAACGGCUCCUCCCCCACUUAAUGAGGGAGAAAGUUUGGUCAGCCGCAUUCUUCAGCUGGGGCCUCCUGGAACCAAAUUCCUUGGGCCUGUGAUCGUGGAGAUCCCUCACUUUGCGGCCCUUCGAGGAAAGGAAAGGGAACUGGUGGUCCUGCGCAGUGAGAAUGGGGACAGCUGGAAAGAGCAUUUCUGUGACUACACUGAAGAUGAAUUGAAUGAAAUUCUUAACGGCAUGGAUGAAGUACUGGAUAGCCCAGAAGACCUAGAAAAGAAACGAAUCUGCCGCAUCAUCACCCGAGACUUCCCACAGUACUUUGCAGUGGUGUCUCGUAUCAAACAGGACAGCAAUCUGAUUGGCCCAGAAGGUGGUGUACUGAGCAGCACAGUGGUGCCCCAGGUGCAGGCCGUCUUCCCAGAGGGGGCACUCACCAAGCGGAUCCGUGUAGGCCUGCAGGCUCAACCUAUGCACAGUGAGCUGGUUAAGAAGAUCCUAGGCAACAAAGCUACCUUCAGCCCUAUAGUCACUUUGGAACCUAGAAGAAGAAAGUUCCACAAACCAAUUACCAUGACCAUUCCUGUCCCCAAAGCUUCAAGUGAUGUCAUGUUGAAUGGUUUUGGGGGAGAUGCACCAACCUUAAGAUUACUAUGCAGCAUAACAGGUGGAACCACCCCUGCUCAGUGGGAAGAUAUUACAGGAACUACGCCAUUAACAUUUGUCAAUGAAUGUGUUUCCUUUACAACAAACGUGUCUGCCAGGUUCUGGCUGAUAGAUUGUCGACAGAUCCAGGAAUCCGUUACUUUUGCAUCACAAGUAUAUAGAGAAAUUAUCUGCGUACCUUAUAUGGCCAAAUUUGUAGUGUUUGCCAAGUCACAUGACCCCAUUGAAGCCAGGUUGAGGUGUUUCUGCAUGACUGAUGAUAAAGUGGAUAAGACCCUUGAACAACAAGAAAAUUUUGCUGAGGUGGCCAGAAGCAGGGAUGUAGAGGUGUUAGAAGGAAAACCCAUCUACGUUGAUUGUUUUGGCAACUUGGUACCAUUAACUAAAAGUGGCCAGCAUCAUAUAUUCAGUUUUUUUGCCUUCAAAGAAAAUAGACUUCCUCUGUUUGUCAAGGUACGCGAUACGACUCAGGAACCUUGCGGACGACUAUCAUUUAUGAAGGAGCCAAAAUCCACAAGAGGCCUGGUGCAUCAAGCUAUUUGCAACUUAAACAUCACUUUGCCGAUUUAUACAAAGGAAUCAGAGUCAGAUCAAGAACAGGAGGAAGAGAUCGAUAUGACAUCAGAAAAAAAUGAUGAGACAGAAUCUACAGAAACAUCUGUCCUGAAAAGUCACCUGGUUAAUGAAGUUCCUGUCCUAGCAAGUCCGGACUUGCUCUCUGAAGUUUCUGAGAUGAAACAAGAUUUGAUCAAAAUGACCGCCAUCUUGACCACAGAUGUGUCUGAUAAGGCAGGUUCUAUUAAAGUGAAGGAGCUGGUGAAGGCUGCUGAGGAAGAGCCAGGAGAGCCUUUUGAAAUCGUUGAAAGAGUUAAAGAGGACUUAGAGAAAGUGAAUGAAAUCCUGAGAAGUGGAACCUGCACAAGAGAUGAAAGCAGUGUGCAGAGCUCUCGGUCUGAGAGAGGAUUAGUGGAAGAGGAAUGGGUUAUUGUCAGUGAUGAGGAAAUAGAAGAGGCUAGGCAAAAAGCACCUUUAGAAAUCACUGAAUAUCCAUGUGUAGAAGUUAGAAUAGAUAAAGAGAUGAAAGGAAAAGUAGAGAAAGACUCAACUGGGCUAGUGAACUACCUUACUGACGAUCUGAAUUCCUCUGUGCCUCUUCCCAAAGAGCAGCUACAGACAGUUCAAGAUAAGGCAGGGAAGAAAUGUGAGGCUCUGGCUGUUGGCAGGAGCUCUGAAAAGGAAGGGAAAGUCAUACCCCCAGAUGAGACACAGAGUACACAGAAACAGCACAAACCAAGCUUGGGAAUAAAGAAGCCAGUAAGAAGGAAAUUAAAAGAAAAGCAGAAACAAAAAGAGGAAGGUUUACAAGCUAGUGCAGAGAAAGCUGAAAUUAAAAAAGGUAGUUCAGAAGAGUCAUUAGAUGAAGACCCAGGUUUAGCCCCUGAACCCCUUCCCACUGUCAAGGCCACAUCUCCUUUGAUAGAAGAAACUCCCAUUGGUUCCAUAAAGGAUAAAGUAAAGGCCCUUCAGAAGCGAGUGGAAGAUGAACAGAAAGGUCGAAGCAAGUUGCCCAUCAGAGUCAAAGGCAAGGAGGACGUGCCAAAAAAGACCACCCACAGGACACCUCCAGCUGCGUCACCCUCUCUGAAGUCAGAGAGACAUGCGCCAGGGUCUCCCUCCUCUAAAACAGAAAGACACUCUGCUCUUUCCUCUUCUGCAAAAACUGAAAGGCACCCUCCAGUAUCACCAUCAAGUAAAACUGAGAAACACUCACCUGUGUCACCCUCUGCAAAAAUGGAAAGACAUUCACCUGUGUCAUCAUCGAGUAAAACUGAGAAACACUCACCUGUAUCACCCUCGACAAAAACUGAAAGGCACUCUCCUUUGUCAUCUACAAAAACAGAAAGACACCCACCUGUUUCGCCUUCAGGCAAAACAGACAAACGUCCACCUGUAUCGCCCUCCGGGAGAACAGAAAAACACCCGCCAGUAUCGCCUGGGAGAACAGAAAAACGCUUGCCUGUUUCACCCUCCGGAAGAACGGACAAGCACCAACCUGUAUCAACAGCUGGGAAAACUGAGAAGCACCUGCCUGUGUCACCUUCUGGCAAAACAGAAAAGCAACCACCUGUAUCCCCCACCUCAAAAACAGAGAGGAUCGAGGAAACCAUGUCUGUUCGGGAGCUGAUGAAGGCUUUCCAGUCAGGUCAGGACCCUUCUAAACAUAAAACUGGACUCUUUGAGCACAAAUCAGCAAAACAAAAGCAGCCACAAGAGAAAGGUAAAGUUCGGGUAGAAAAAGAAAAGGGGCCGAUACUAACCCAGAGAGAAACUCAGAAAACAGAGAAUCAGACAAUCAAACGAGGCCAGAGACUCCCAGUAACGGGCACGGCAGAAUCCAAAAGAGGAGUUCGUGUUUCCUCCAUAGGAGUUAAGAAAGAAGAUGCAGCUGGAGGAAAGGAGAAAAUUCUCAGCCACAAAAUACCUGAACCUGUUCAGUCAGCGCCUGAAGAAGAAAGCCACAGAGAGAGCAAAGUCCCCAAAGAAAAGAUGGCUGAUGAGCAGGGAGACAUGGAUCUACAGAUCAGCCCAGAUAGGAAAACCUCCACUGACUUCUCUGAGGUCAUUAAGCAGGAGUUGGAAGACAAUGACAAAUACCAACAAUUCCGCCUGAGUGAGGAGACAGAAAAGGCACAGCUUCACUUAGACCAAGUACUCACUAGUCCUUUCAACACAACAUUUCCACUCGACUACAUGAAAGAUGAGUUCCUUCCGGCUCUGUCUUUACAAAGUGGUGCCUUAGAUGGCAGUUCUGAAAGCCUAAAGAAUGAGGGGGUAGCCGGCUCUCCGUGUGGCAGCCUGAUGGAGGGGACCCCUCAGAUUAGUUCAGAAGAAAGCUAUAAGCAUGAGGGCCUAGCAGAGACCCCUGAGACGAGCCCAGAAAGCCUUUCUUUCUCACCAAAGAAAAGUGAGGAGCAAACUGGGGAAACAAAGGAAAGCACCAAGAUAGAAACCACCACAGAAAUUCAUUCAGAAAAAGAGGAUCCCACAACCAAAGACAUUACUGGUGGCUCUGAAGAGCGAGGUGCCACAGUCACUGAGGACUCAGAGACCUCUACUGAGAGUUUUCAGAAAGAGGCCACUCUAGGCUCUCCCAAAGACACAAGCCCUAAAAGAGAAGAUGAUUGCACAGGCAGCUGUAGUGUAGCAUUAGCUAAAGAGACACCUGCAGGACUGACUGAGGAGGCAGCCUGUGAUGCAGGUCAACGUACCUUUGGUAGUUCAGCCCACAAGACACAAACUGAUAGUGAGGCUCAGGAAUCCACAGCCACCUCAGACGAGACAAAGGCCUUGCCGCUGCCUGAGGCUUCUGUAAAGACAGAUACAGGAACUGAAUCAAAGCCUCAGGGAGUCAUUAGAAGUCCCCAAGGGUUAGAACUUGCACUCCCUAGCCGAGAUAGCGAAGUCCUCAGUGCUGUGGCUGAUGACUCAUUAGCAGUGAGCCACAAAGACUCGCUGGAAGCCAGCCCUGUGCUAGAAGAUAACUCUUCACACAAAACCCCUGAUUCUCUGGAGCCAAGUCCUCUGAAAGAAUCCCCUUGCCGUGACUCUCUGGAAAGCAGCCCUGUUGAACCAAAGAUGAAGGCUGGAAUUUUUCCAAGUCACUUUCCUCUUCCUGCAGCUGUUGCCAAAACAGAACUCUUGAUGGAAGUGGCCUCUGUGCGGUCCCGGCUACUCCGAGACCCUGACGGCAGCGCUGAGGAUGACAGUCUUGAGCAGACAUCGCUCAUGGAGAGCUCAGGGAAAAGCCCCCUUUCUCCUGACACCCCCAGCUCUGAAGAAGUCAGCUAUGAGGUUACACCCAAAACCACAGAUGUAAGUACACCAAAACCAGCUGUGAUUCAUGAAUGUGCAGAGGAGGAUGAUUCAGAAAACGGGGAGAAAAAGAGGUUCACACCUGAAGAGGAGAUGUUUAAAAUGGUAACCAAAAUCAAAAUGUUUGAUGAACUUGAACAAGAAGCAAAGCAGAAAAGGGACUACAAAAAAGAACCCAAACUAGAAGAAUCUUCUUCAUCUUCUGACCCAGAUGCUGACUGUUCAGUAGACGUGGAUGAACUGAAACAUGCAGGCAGUGGAGAGAAUGAAAGUGCUGUCCCUGUGUUAGUAACUUCGGAAAGCAGGAAGGUGUCUUCCUCCUCAGAAAGUGAACCUGAGUUGGCACAGCUAAAAAAAGGUGCUGACUCAGGCCUUUUACCAGAACCAGUGAUUCGAGUACAACCUCCUUCUCCACUUCCAUCAAGCAUGGACUCCAAUUCCAGUCCAGAAGAAGUACAAUUCCAGCCUAUUGUUUCCAAACAAUAUACUUUCAAGAUGAAUGAAGAUACUCAGGAAGAGCCAGGUAAAUCAGAAGAAGAAAAAGAUUCUGAAUCCCAUUUAGCUGAAGACAGUCAUGCUGUUUCCACUGAGGCUGCAGACAGGUCUUAUGAUAAGCUAAACAGAGACACUGAUCAGCCAAAAAUCUGUGAUGGCCAUGGAUGUGAGGCCAUGAGUCCUAGCAGCUCAGCCGCUCCUGUCUCUUCAGGUCUACAGAGUCCAACUGGUGAUGAUGUUGAUGAACAGCCAGUCAUCUAUAAAGAAUCAUUAGCUCUCCAAGGCACUCAUGAAAAAGACACAGAAGGAGAAGAGCUUGAUGUUUCUAGAGCAGAAUCUCCACGAGCAGAUUGCCCCAGUGAAAGCUUUUCAUCUUCAUCCUCUUUGCUUCAUUGUUCAGUAUCUGAAGGAAAAGAAUUAGAUGAAGAUAUAUCUGCCACAUCUUCUAUUCAAAAAACAGAGGUCACAAAAACUGAUGAAACAUUUGAGAACUUACCAAAGGACUGCCCCUCUCAAGACUCAUCCAUUACUACUCAAACAGAUAGAUUUUCCAUGGAUGUUCCCGUGUCUGACCUAGCUGAGACUGAUGAAAUCUAUGAUCCCCAAAUCACUAGCCCUUAUGAAAAUGUCCCUUCCCAAUCUUUUUUCCCUAGUGAAGAAAGCAAAACCCAAACAGAUGCAAAUCACACCACAAGUUUUCACUCUUCUGAAGUGUAUUCUGUUACCGUCACAUCCCCUGUUGAAGACGUUGUAGUGGCAAGCUCCUCUAGUGGAACUAUUUUAAGCAAAGAAUCUAAUUUUGAGGGCCAGGACAUAAAAAUGGAAUCCCAACAGGAAAGUACCUCGUGGGAAAUGCAAUCAGACAGUGUCUCUUCGUCUUUCGAGCCUACUGUGUCCGCUACAACAGCAGUUGUUGGUGAACAAAUAAGCAAAGUCAUCAUCACAAAAACUGAUGUGGAUUCUGAUUCUUGGAGUGAAAUUCGGGAAGACGAUGAGGCCUUUGAGGCUCGUGUGAAACAGGAAGAGCAAAAGAUAUUUGGUUUGAUGGUAGACAGACAAUCACAGGGUACCACCCCUGACACCACUCCUGCUAGGACCCCAACUGAAGAGGGGACCCCAACAAGUGAGCAAAACCCAUUUCUGUUUCAGGAAGGAAAAUUGUUUGAAAUGACCCGAAGUGGUGCCAUUGAUAUGACCAAAAGGUCCUAUGCAGAUGAAAGUUUUCACUUUUUCCAAAUUGGUCAGGAAUCCAGGGAAGAGACUCUCUCUGAAGAUGUGAAAGAAGGGGCUACUGGGGCUGAGCCCCUACCACUGGAGACAUCAGCUGAAUCACUAGCACUUUCAGAAUCAAAAGAAACAGUGGAUGAUGAGGCAGAGUUACUUCCAGAUGACAUGAGUGAGGAAGUAGAGGAAAUACCUGCGUCGGAUGCUCAACUUAACUCCCAAAUGGGGAUUUCAGCCUCCACUGAAGCACCUACAAAAGAGGCUGUUAGUGUAGGGACCAAGGACCUCCCCACCGUGCAAACAGGUGAUAUAUCUCCUCUGUCUGGUGUAAAGCAGAUAUCCUGCCCCGACUCCUCUGAACCAGCUGUACAAGUCCAGUUAGAUUUUUCCACACUCACCAGGUCUGUUUAUUCAGAUAGGGGUGAUGAUUCUCCCGAUUCUUCCCCAGAAGAACAGAAAUCAGUAAUCGAGAUUCCUACUGCACCCAUGGAGAAUGUGCCUUCUACUGAAAGCAAAUCCAAAAUUCCUGUAAGGACUAUGCCCAUUUCCACCCCAGCACCUCCAUCUGCAGAGUAUGAGAGUUCACUUUCUGAAGAUUUUCUGUCCAGUGUAGAUGAGGAAAAUAAGGAGGAUGAAGCAAAACCAAAGUCCAAACUCCCUGUCAAAGUACCCCUCCACAGAGUUGAACAGCAGCUCUCAGAUCUAGACACCUCUGUCCAGAAGACAGUGGCUCCUCAGGGACAGGACAUGACAAGCAUUGCACCAGAUAAUAGAAGCAAAUCUGAAUCUGACGCUAGUUCUUUGGACUCAAAGACCAAAUGCCCAGUAAAAACCAGAAGUUACACUGACACAGAAACAGAGAGCAGAGAGAGGGCAGAGGAACUUGAAUUAGAAUCAGAAGAAGGGGCCACAAGACCAAAGAUACUUACAUCCCGAUUGCCAGUUAAGAGCAGAAGCACUACAUCUUCCUGCAGGGUGGGCACGAGCCCCACAAAAGAAAGUAAGGAGCAUUUCUUUGACCUUUACAGAAAUUCCAUAGAAUUCUUUGAGGAGAUUAGUGAUGAGGCUUCCAAGUUAGUGGAUAGGCUGACACAGUCAGAGAGGGAGCAGGAGAUAGUUUCAGACGAUGAAAGUAGUAGUGCCCUGGAAGUAUCAGUAAUUGAAAAUCUGCCACCUGUUGAGACCGAGCACUCAGUUCCUGAGGACAUCUUUGACACAAGGCCCAUUUGGGAUGAGUCUAUUGAGACUCUGAUUGAACGCAUCCCUGAUGAAAAUGGCCAUGACCAUGCUGAAGAUCCACAGGAUGAGCAGGAACGGAUCGAGGAAAGGCUGGCUUAUAUUGCUGAUCACCUUGGCUUCAGCUGGACAGAAUUAGCAAGAGAACUGGAUUUCACUGAGGAGCAAAUUCAUCAAAUUCGAAUUGAAAAUCCCAACUCUCUUCAAGACCAGAGUCAUGCACUGUUGAAGUACUGGCUAGAGAGGGAUGGGAAACAUGCUACAGAUACCAACCUCGUUGAAUGUCUCACCAAGAUCAACCGAAUGGAUAUUGUUCAUCUCAUGGAGACCAACACAGAACCUCUCCAGGAGCGCAUCAGUCAUAGUUAUGCAGAAAUUGAACAAACCAUUACACUGGAUCAUAGUGAAGGGUUCUCAGUACUUCAAGAGGAGUUAUGCACUGCACAGCACAAGCAGAAAAAGGAGCAAGCUGUUUCUAAAGAAAGCGAGACCUGCGAUCACCCUCCUAUCGUCUCAGAGGAAGACAUUUCUGUUGGUUAUUCCACUUUUCAGGAUGGCAUCCCCAAAACUGAGGGGGACAGCUCAGCAACAGCACUCUUUCCCCAAACUCACAAGGAGCAAGUUCAACAGGAUUUCUCAGGGAAAAUGCAAGACCUGCCUGAAGAGUCAUCUCUGGAAUAUCAGCAGGCAUAUUUUGUGACAACUCCAGGAACAGAAGCGUCAGAGACUCAGAAGCCUACGAUAGUACCCAGCUCUCCCAGCAAGACACCUGAGGAAGUUAGCACCCCUCCAGAGGAGGAGAGGCUGUACCUCCAGACCCCAACAUCCAGCGAGCAGGGAGGCUCUCCCAUCAUACAAGAACCCGAAGAGACCUCAGAGCACAGAGAGGAGAGCUCUCCGCGGAAAACCAGCCUCGUAAUAGUGGAGUCUGCCGAUCACCAGCCAGAGACCUGUGAAAGACUCGAUGAAGAUGCAGCUUUUGAAAAGGAGCUAACAGAGGAAUUAGGGGAGCUGGAGGCCAGCUCAGAUGAGGAGGCGAUGGUAACUACCAGGGUUGUCCGCCGGCGAGUGAUUAUUCAGGGAGACGAUAUGCCUGAAAUACCCCCAGAAACAGUCACAGAAGAAGAAUACAUUGAUGAGCACGGACACACUGUGGUAAAGAAGGUUACUAGGAAAAUCAUUAGGCGGUAUGUAUCCUCUGAAGGCACAGAGAAAGAAGAGAUUAUGGUGCAGGGAAUGCCACAGGAACCUGUCAGCAUCGAGGAAGGGGAUGGCUAUUCCAAAGUUAUAAAGCGUGUUGUAUUGAAGAGUGACACCGAGCAGUCAGAGGUCACUUUGUGUGAGCCCAGCAUUUUGUCCAGUGCCUCACAAUUUCAGGCUGAGCCAGUGGAAGGCCGUAGAGUCAGCAAAGUUGUUAAAACAACUGUGGUAUAUGGAGAGAGGAUGGAGAAACAUCUGGGGGAUUCUAGUUUAGCCACUGAUCUUCCUUCAGCCAAAGAUGACUUUGAAGAGGACAACAAUGAGUAAAGCCAUCACACAGAAGAGGGCUGUGGUGAAGGACCAGCAUGGAAAACGCAUUGACUUGGAGCACCUGGAGGAUGUACCAGAAGCACUAGACCAGGACGACCUCCAGCGCGAUCUCCAGCAGCUCCUUCGGCAUUUCUGCAAGGAGGACUUGAAGCAAGAGGCCAAGUGAGGGGCUGCCCAUUUCUCACACCAGAAACCACACAUUCACUCAAUAUGCAGCUUCCUGUUUCAGUAGAGGAGUGACCUAACUGGCCUAAUUAAUGGGAUACCCCGAUAUUUCCACUGUUAGCAAAUAUACGGCAUUUUGUUUUAGUUUUCCCCCAUCCUCUUUAACUAUAAAGCUAAUUUGUGACCAAAGAUGGCAUCCUUCAUACUGGAUGCUGUAUCCCAUACUUUGUUGUGUCUGUGCUAACCUGGGAACUGGCCACCUCCAUUGUUCUUUGCUUCUGCACAAGAUCCAUGAAAAUCCAUUGAUCAGAAGAACUUCACCUGCAGACCUCUUCAAGUGACACUAUAUAGGAAUCCUUCCAAGGAAUAUCUAUGUACAAUGUAUAUAGCUGAAAUGCUCAGAUGAACAACAUGUUAAAAUUAAAACCACUGCCUAUUGUAACUACACUGGGCAUCAGAAUAAAAGGCCUCUAGAAAUUGCUGAACAAUGGUUAAGAUAUUGCUAACACAAUCGAGUGAUAAUACAGUUUUACUGCAAAAGAAGCACUUCAAACCUAUUAUGUCCUUAGAACUUCCAGAGUAGCCACUGCUCCCAGUUAAAGGUGGGUCAAUAGCCUUGCAGAACUGUCCUGAGAAGUUGUUGCUGGUGCUGGCCAGCCAUGGCUUAGGACUCUCCAACAGCCACUCUGAGGGAGGGGAGAAGGGAGCAGAGGCCACGCAGAAUGAAACGAUGGGGUAUUCAGUUGCUAGCAGCUACAUUGUGUGGCAUUCUAGCAUCUUCAGGUCCUUAGAUUUUGGACAAGUUGGCAGGGUAUUUUAAAAGCUAUAACUACUGUAGUUUUCCAGUUUUCAUUGCUGCUUUAGCAAACCAUGCUGUCUUACGGUGGUACUUCCUUCUGGCCACUGCACUGUAGAUAAUUCAUUGGAAACAAGAUUUACCCACUACAUAAAAGGUUAAACUCCUUCAGUAUGUUGGAGUGGUUUCUUUUUUUUUCUUUUUUUUUUUUUCAGGUUUAUAUCUUCUCUAAUACCUGCAUGUGGCGUUUAAAAAUCAAGACCACGGUCAAACCCCUCUUCUAAUCACAUUAAUUGUUUCCAUUCUUUUUACCCUGAGUGAGCACUUUUCACUUUCCAGCUAGGUCUGUUUUUCAGCUUGCAGACAAGAUUGAGAAAUCCUUGAAAAUUUGGUUUUGGUUAAAAUUUUUGGUUUAUUUAUUUGAAAUCAACACUCCCUUGGAAACUCUUAAGUGCAUUUGUGCACUUCUGUUUGUUUGUCUCAAAGAAGGGACUGUAACAAUCUGAGUAAUUUCCAUGUCCUCUUCCUUAUUCCUCUAGUGGUUGAAGCUGUGUAGCAUUUUAACAUAUAUAUAUUCACAAAUAUAUUCAUAUAAACAGUAUACAUUUUGAAUCAGUCAUUUGUUAAAGAAAAGUAUAUUCAAUGAAGAUGAAAUUUAAAUAAAAAAGGACAGAGUCUAUCCUCCAGGGAUUGAACAUUUUCCAAUUAUCUGGUCUUUUCCUGUUGUGCAAAAAUGACUCAUUGCUCCGAAUGUCAAAAACAAAUGCGACAAACAAUGGCACUUCAUCAUUUAAAGUAAUGUUGCCAAGAGAAAAAAUUUCCUGGGAGGGAGGUUUCCCACAAGCCAAAUCUCCUAAGCCUCAAAUGCUAGCACUUUUUGGCAGUUGGAUAGGAAAUGAAACAUUCUUUGGCAGCCAGAAUAAGAGAGGCCGAUGGUGAAACUUUUUGAGACACCCUAUGGCCUUCUUGUCAAAACCUUCACUGGAGCUCAAGAAAAGCAUUUCUGUUGUGUUAUUUGCAGUGCAGAUGAUGUCUGUGUAACAACAUAAUGGUUAUUCACCUUUUUUUGAUUUUGAUUUUUGCUGUGUUAUCAAAAACUUGAAUACUGUGAGAAGAAGUGAAUUUUCAGUUGACGAAUCAGCAUCUUGUUCCCAUGGUGAUAACACUAAUUGAAUAUAUCUAUGAGGGCAUGUAUUAGUUAAUGGAAAAAAAAAUACAACACUAACAAUACAUAGCUGCAAUGUGUACAAUGGCUGAUUUAAUUAAAUAAAAUGUACAAGUGUUAAAUGUGG